UGAAAUGCAAAAGCAAAUGGCUGACCAGAAAUCGACAUUCUUGAAUCCGUAAUAAAAUAAUCCGAUGUUAUUACAUGAAUAAUGCGCUUUUUAUGAUCAUGAUUAGCAAAAUAAAGCUCAUAAAGCUUUAAAGAAUUAGAAUACAAUAAUAUUGGCUGCAUAAAAUAGCCAUAAUUUAAAGAACUAAAGUCCUGCCUAAACCAAUUUAGUCCUAGUAUUUUUGCAAAUCAAAAUCGUGCUUCCCAUGGACCCACGUCCGUUUAUUUUUGAGUUGAUGUAGAUAAAACUGGCAGACACCGUGGAGCUGCCGUCGUCCAGCAUGGAGCGGAGCCACGACAAGCGACAUAGCAAGCACCACAAGGAGAAACAUAAGAAACAUUCGCACAAGAAGCACAGGAGUCAUUCCAGCGGUACACACGAUCAAUCUUAUGCUACUAGUAACUCAGUUAAACCCCUGGUGGAGUAUUCCGAUGUGAGCUCCGAGGAUCUGUCGGCCCCGGAGGCCGGCGAGAUCGAGAGCGAGGCUAGUUCGAUCGGAAGGCACAUUGCCGACGACCUAGAUAGAACCAGGAAAUCCCACUCGGUCCGCACGUUUCUCGACAACAAGAUCUCGGUCACGACCACGAGCCGUCGGGCUGCGGACGAAUACGCUCUCAUCCGUGAUUCUUCUUCAGCAGCGAGGAAGAAGCGCGACCUGGACUACGACGAUGAGCUGGAGUUCGAUCGUUACAAGAAGAAGGGGAAAAGAAAGAAGGACAAGAAGAAGAAAAAGAAGAGGUCCAAACAUCGAUCGAAGUCCGCAAGCUUAGAGAGCGUGUCGCCAGACGAUCGCUUGCUGACCGAGACCGCUAGGCCGCCGACGCCGCAGCGGUACACACAAGUGCCUAUAAGCGAAUGGGAGAAACCGUCCUCACCGCUCCAUAAUGGUUCAUGUUCUCCUGUCUCCCCUACGACCCCGCCAAUAUUGCGGGACAGACAUGACAUAUCACCGAGGCAUAGGAUUGAUCAUCAUGAACCACACAACUUAUUACCAUAUUCUCCACUACGUGAGAGAUCUCCAUUAAUCAGUAUUGACUUAUGCACAAGCAGAAGGCGGCAGAAGUCUUCCACACCGCACACACCAUCCAUUCCACCAUACCAUGAUACUGUGACUAUAGAUUCUGAUAACGAGGAAUAUGAGAGCCGUCGUAGGGAAUACUGGCAUGAGCAGCACAGGCUGGCUAACGAAGUUAUGGUUAUUUCAGACUCGCCGGUGCACGAGUCGCGCAGCCGCGAGUUCAGCCCGCGGCGGCACCGCAAGCGCAGCCCGCACCGCCGCCGCAGCCGCGAGCGGGAGCGACACCGGGACCAUCGCCUGCACCACCGGUCGGACAGCCGCAGUUCGCUCAAGCGUCGCCGUUCAGCGUCACGCACUAAGCGACGCUCGUCAUCUCCGCCGCGACACCGAACCAAGCAUAAGGAGCCCAGUCGGGAUCGGCACAGAAGCAGGCACGACUCGCCGAGCCCGCCGACUAACGUUCUGCAGCGUAGGAUAGACUUCAAGGAGAAGAUCAGCGAUACCAGUCUGUUUGCUGAACUGGUCAAGGACAAGCAUAAGAGAGCUAAGAAACUGCAAGAGAUUCUGAACCAAAAGGAGGAAGAGUCUCAGGGUGCGAUGUCGAGCACGGCGUCCAUCAACAACGCGGACAUUCUGACGAUAGACGAACUAUCCAAUGCAACGGCUGAUAGUUCUACGCAGGCGUCCAAAGAGAACGGUGACACGCACCCCAAGGGCCAGGACGUGGUGGACAUUCCGAUGCCGCUCGCUGAAGACUCCCAACCCCAACCUCCAGCACCACCACCACAGGAACCACCACCAGAACCUCCGCAGCCACCAGACGAGCCUGUGACGGCUAAUGGGGAUGCGGAGACUAAUGGGGAAGAGCCAACAUCCACACCACCGAUCACCAACACAGUGGCCAAGGGUGGUAGCGUAGUGGAAAGUGUGCUCCUCAAUAGUCAGCAACCACCGCUCCCUAAGCCCAAGAGCCUCACAAAACUGCCUAUGCCGCCUAAUACUCAGGUAGAAGACAUUAAAACUCUAGCCAACGAGAGUCCACUGAGCACUCCAUCGCCCAGUCCCGUGAAAAAACCAGAAAAGCCCAAGAAAACUGGCAUCAUGAACUUGCCUAUGCCACCUGUGAUACCGGGUUCAGAGGAACUAAGUGGGGAUGAAGUGGAGGGUUCAACACCACCGCCCGUGUCCCAUUCGGAUAGAUACUCGCAUGUGUUCACCAGGAAAAAGGACAGUAAUAGUGGUGCAAAAUUAAAAAGGCCUCGCAUAUUAAAACGUCGCGGCUCGAAAGUGGUGCCCGUGGUCACCGCUACGCAUCACGCGAAAGACUGGGGAGAGAAGUGUGUUGAUGGCUUCCAGGUGAUAACCCAAAUCGGUGAAGGCACGUACGGGCAAGUGUACAAAGCUCGCGAUAAGAACACGGGCCAGCUUGUCGCACUCAAGAAGGUUCGACUGGAAAACGAGAAGGAGGGCUUCCCGAUCACUGCGGUGAGAGAGAUCAAGAUUCUGCGGCAGCUGAAUCACAAGAAUAUCGUUAAUUUGAGAGAGAUUGUCACGGAUAAGCAGGAUGCUAUGGACUUUAGGAAGGAUAAAGGCUCGUUCUACCUAGUCUUUGAGUACAUGGACCACGAUCUCAUGGGCUUGCUGGAGUCCAAAAUGGUGGACUUUACGGAGUCGCACAAUGCGUCCAUCAUGAGGCAGCUCCUCGACGGCCUGGCAUACUGUCACCGCAAGAACUUUCUUCAUCGAGACAUCAAGUGCAGUAAUAUAUUGAUGAAUAAUAAGGGUGAAGUGAAAUUAGGUGACUUUGGUCUCGCGCGGCUGUGGUCCGCUGAGGACCGCCAACGGCCCUACACUAACAAGGUAAUCACGUUGUGGUACCGACCGCCGGAAUUACUUUUGGGUGAGGAGCGCUACGGGCCCGCGGUGGACGUGUGGUCGAUGGGCUGCAUACUGGGGGAGCUGUUCCUUAAGCACCCGCUGUUUCAGGCGAACAUGGAAAUGAUGCAGCUGGAGAUGAUAUCCCGUGUCUGCGGCACCCCUGUCCCAGGUGUAUGGCCGAACGUAGUCAACUUGCCCCUGUGGCACACUCUGCGUCCCAAGCGCUUCCACAAGCGCUGUGUGCGGGAACACUUUGCGUUCAUGCCGGCCCCAGCGCUGCACCUGUUGGACAGGAUGCUGGAGCUGGACCCGGAUAGACGGAUCACGGCUGAGGAGGCGCUGAAGAGCCAGUGGUUGAAGAGCGUGGUGCCGGACCAAAUGCCAGCACCAGAAUUGCCAACCUGGCAGGAUUGCCACGAGCUCUGGUCGAAACAACGGCGCCGCCAACAGCGCGAGCAAGAGCAGGGCAAGCCCAAGGGCUAUAACGCAGACGACAAAGACUUCAAACAGAACGAAUCCUCCAACCAAUCGGACUCGAGCUUUAAAAGUGACUUCAAAGAGUUCAAACCCGACCCCCCGCAAGAGACUGGUCAAGUGAAAUAGUAUUUGGAGUAUUACUAUUACGGCUAUUACCGGUAGUGUUCAAGUGCCGCGCCUCUAUGAGGAACAGAAAAGUGGUCCAAUGGAUUUGAAGUGAUAGUUUUGCCAGUACUGUGGAAUAAAGUGAUAUUGCCAGAUAUAAAACAAUUAUUUUGGGCGUGAGUACUGUGUAUGGUGUUUUUGAGAUGUUGUUAUGUGGAUGCUACAAAUUCUGCCAAUAAUUAGAAAUCAUAUUAGGAGCUAUAUGUAAAUUACUGAUGUGUAAUAAUCAUGUAUAGAAUGAUGCUUUAUCAUAUUGCAAUAAAUAGAUGUUCUAUAAAUAAAAAAAAAAUGCUCAUUUAGCGUUUAUAUCUGAAUAUGCGGCAUGUUUUAAUAAUAUGUUCCUAAUAAUGGUACGGUAUUGGAGCCUGUUGAGUUGGUUUGUUGCAAAAGUGAAUUUUAGAGGAUAAAUGUGGAUGAAGUGAUAUUUAGUGAAAAAUGGACAUAGCACUGAUAAAAAAUUGAACUAGUAGUAAAAAUUGAAGUGAAUCAAAUAAGUACACAGAGACAUUUAAAUGAUUUGUAAAAUUGCUUUUAUGCACAUAAAAAGUAAGUUAUAAACCAAAGCAUCGAGCAUUGCGCUUGUUACCUGCAAGGAUUUAUUAUAAUUAUUAUCUAAGUGUAUAUAACGGUGUAAAUAUAGUGUAGCCUGUAUUUAGUGUUAUGAACAACUUGUUAGUGAUGCAAUAAUAUGUUGACGUGUUAGAUAAAUUCAAUAAAAUCAUUUUAAAUUAGCCCCUUGUUGGUCCAAUUGUGUUGGUUAUAUUUUGGUGAUGGUGCCAAGAGACAGUAUUUGAAAAUGCUUCUGCUAUUAGAGAAUUAUCGACUACAUAAUAUAUUUUAAACAGAAUUUAACUUAUUCCAGUACAAGAACAUCACAAAAUGUAGUUUCAGAGUCUGUGAUCUUUGAUUACUUUGCACAAUUGACAAUUCUUGCUUUAGGAUUUGAGAAUCAAUUGGUAACUACAGAACCAAGCUAGUGAAAAUAUAUUACGAUUGUUGAAAAUUGUUUUUUUUAAACAGGUAAAUAUUUUUUUGUUUACUAUUAGGUAAUUAUUUUUUUGUAAAUAUUUGUUUUCGGUUUUUUUUAAAGGCAUGUUAAAUUUUAUUAAAUUAAAUUACUUUUUCAAAAAUCCUGUAGGUAGUAGUUUUCCAGAUUUUAUUCAGGCAUACUAAUAGUACCAAAGGUGUAUCUGUCUUUUUAACGUAAUUAAAUAUUUACAGUGCCACAAACUUAACUGACCCGGUGACGGUGUCACUGAUGUCGAUUUUUGUGCCGCUAAAUAGUAAUUCCUCGGAUGCAAGGGUUAAAAUAAUGUCAUUGCCAAUGGUGUAAAUUAACAUUAAUAAGUAACUUUUUAUUUAUGCAAAAUAUUUCGUAUGAAAAGUCUGUGAAAAUGUGACAUUUCAAAAUAGCGACACAUAGUUCCAGUUUUUGCCACCGGGUCAGUUCAGUUUGUGGCACUGUAAGGAUUCAUAGAUGAGUCAUGAAUUGUCAAUUAUGUGACAAUAUUUUGCAUUUAAUUAUUUUUAAUAAUUUGUAUAACAGUUAACACAUAAGUAUAAUGUAACAAAAAUCCAUUCAUCUUAUGUUCAUAUACACAUUCUCAAUAAAAUGUACAUUGUAUUAAAAGUAGUAGUUAAAUUGAUAAAAAUAUUUUAUGAAUAGUGAAAUUGGCUUUGUCAAAGUCACAAAUAGAAUUUAUUACAGGGAUAUGUUACUGCAUUAUAAUUUUAAAGUAUUUAAAUUUUUAACUGCAUUCAUAAGGGGUGUUGAGCAGAGCUUGGCACUUUCCUAUUAACAUUGAAUAACUGCAGAUUGUAAAAUGUAGAAGUGUGAACAAAAUAGAUAUUGUGGAAUCCAAAGCAAUAAGUCAUAUAUAUGUGUAGAUUUGUGUUCGUCGGAUUCCACAAGUUUAGUUUUAUUCACGUUAUUCCAUAACCAAAAUAUAUAUGUGGCCUUGUCAUAGAUCUUAAAGUUCAAGCAUUGCCUUAGGUUUUACAGCGAAGUAAAGACCUGCUAGUUUUAUAUGUAAAAAAGACUAAUUGUACAGCCGAACGUAUCGGAACAUGUAACAUAUUAAUUUGGACAAUCGAAUAAUCCAGAGUUUAGGCGAACGACAAUGAAGUUGUAUUUAUUAGUUGGAUGUAGGUGUAUAUUUGAAAUGUUCCUUGAAACUCGUAGCCACAAUUUUAUGCAAUAUAUUUAUUUGUGUGCAGGUAAGACUGAUGUCCCCGUAACUCUGGAUUGUUGUUAAUAUAUUAUAAUGCAAUUGUAUAAAUGUACCUACCUUUUAUAAAAUAAAAUACAUUGAAGCGAAA